GGGCGAACUGCCCUUCAUUAUAGUGCCAUCAAGGGCAAUCCGACGGAAAACAUUCUACGUUUCCUUUGCGACGAAAUACGAUUGUCUGCAGGGCUUCGUGAUGCACAUGGGAAGACACCGUUGGAUUAUGCAGUUGAGAUGGGACAAAAGGAGCAUUACCCGAAUCUUUUUGACCCCGAC